AUGGGAUUUUAUGAAAGUAACUCUUUAAUAAGGCAGUGUCUGUCUUUAUCAAAGAAUUAUAAUUUUUCUGAUAAACUUCCUACUUUAACUAGUUCGGAACUUGUGGAUGUUGAAUUAUACUCUAUUAUUGCUAUUAUUUGCAAAGAUCAUAUUAAUAUAUGGUAUGAACAAAUAACACAUGAUAAAAGCUUUAUUGAGGAAUUGCUGCUUUUAAUCUCUCAUAUUGUUAAAGAAUUAGAAAAAAAAUUUUUUAUGAUGAAACAUGAAUUGCUUCUUUUCCAUAUUAUACCUAUGAUUGCUAUUAAACAUAUUAAUGGAAUGACACAAAAGAUUCUACAAGCUGAUAUUACUUCCUAUAGAACAUUUGAUGAAAUAUUUUACAAAUUUCAACAUCAUCCUGCUUUGGAUUCCUAUGAAAAUGAAUGUUUGUAUUUGCGUUUAAUUGCUGAUACUUUGAUUACAUCUUUUUUACCUCCUGAUGAUCUUAAAUCUGAAUGUGAAAGAGUUAUAAUAAGGGAAAUUCUUUCUGACUUUAUUUUUAAAAAAAUUGUAGAUAAACUUAGCGAGCCGUCUAUUUUGUUUGAGAUUAUUGCAAAAGUAUAA